UAUUACUUUUUAUGGACAGCUCUACCUCAGACACAGACUGUGGCAACAGAUAUUGUAGUAAAUUACUUCUUUAGCUACCAGUAUAUUACUUUUUAUGGACAGCUCUACCUCAGACACAGACUGUGGAAUCAGAUAUUGUAGUAAAUUACUUCUUUAGCUACCAGUAUAUUACAUUUUAUGGACAGCUCUACCUCAGACACAGACUGUGGAAUCAGAUAUUGUAGUAAAUUACUUCUUUAGCUGUAUUACCAAAUACUGCUAUGUUUAAAUGAAUUUUUUUAGAUUAUAUUGCUCCUAAUAUUUAUAGAAAUUUAGAAUGUUUUAAAAUUACUUACGUUAAGUUUGUGUUAACUUAUGACUUAUAACAUAACAAGGCCAAAUUACGAUGCCCUUAUCAUAUCAUCGCAUAUUAUCACUGUCCCAAUUUUUCAAAGGAAGGAAGAUUGGUUGUUUUUAAUCUACUAUACUUUGGCCGUUUAGGUACCAAAAAUUCACGCUGGCUUUCGCAAUCUAUUGAACUAUCAGAUCGAUUAUUGUUAUUCUUUCCAUUUAACUAUCAUUAAUAUUCUAUUGACCAUUAAAAUUGCAGGUCCAAAAUUGUUGGCAAAUAAAUACAGUAACGUAAUUUCAUUGAUUAAAUAUAACAUAAUUUUAUUUGGAGAACCAUCCCAUUUAUGCAUUUAUUCAUAUACAAAAUUAGCAUAAUUAUAAAUUGAAACCAUCUCCCAUUAAGCCAUUGUCAGUCAUCAAUUCUGAAUCUUUGGCCAUGAUCAUAAAAUUUAGCUUGAUUAAAAACUAAAUCUUGUUAGUUCAAUUAAUUGAACUCUGUUUUAUAGGCACAUAUUCUUCAGCCAAUAAUAACUAACAACCUUUGAGUAUUUUCAAUACGUUUUAUACUUUCAUUUUUUUCAAGGCUCCCUUCUACUAUUUGGAUAAGAACGAACUUAAUGAUCUAUUAAAUUCAAACUUUUACUUUUACUUUCACCCAUUGGGUAUUUUACAUGCCAGUUUUUUUUUUCUUUUUAUGCUAUACAAAUUACAGUAGAAACUAUUGUGUUCAUGUUUGACGGUCCAUUUUAAGUUUGUCAAGCUAAAAAAAAUAUAUAUAGAAAAUAAUUAUUUUACCAGAUUGUGUGUUUAUACGAUGCAAAUUUGCAUUGGAAUUUAUUCUCGCCUCUUACAUAACUAGAUAUAGGACUCGGCUACUCCACUUUUAGAAACAUUGUUAUUCUAGUGAUCAUCGCACUGAUUAUCCACUGAAUUAAUAUCAAAGAUUCAAAAAUGUUAUGAAAAAGCUAAAAUACAACAAAUGUUUCAAUUUACCAUUGUAUAAUAGUUGUUUUAAACUAGCAAGUUCAAAUGUGUACCAAUCCUCUGAUCUAAUUGUAAGUUAUUACCGUUUAGGUCCAGGAGAUUUGGGGAUCAGCAUUCAGAAAAGUAAACUACUAUCUACAGGCCUGUGGGUUGUUCACCUUUAAGAUGUUUAUCCCAAUCAACAGAGAAAUCGUGUGCAUUUUGAGCUUGAGUUUUUCUGUCAUGCUCUUGUUUUCUUCUGAUUUGACCGUAAUAAAUAUGCAGAAAACUAUCGUAUCCAGCAUCUCUGACGAUACGCCAGAAGUCGAGGUAGAUGGCUACACUGUCACUGCAGUGGCUUAUUCAUUGUUUGCAGUCAGUCUACUGCUUGGUCCAUACCUCAGCCACGCAAUAGGACCUAAGUUAACAAUGAUCGUCUCUGCUUUUGCAUACUUGAGUGCAACAGUUCCUUAUCUUGUGGAAAAUGGUUGGAUGAUAUUCGGGGGAGCUAUUAUAAACGGGAUAGCUGCUGGGUUUAUGUAUCCUGCCCAGGGACAAUACCUGAUAGAAAACUCCUCACCACAAACAGCAGCCCGAAAUGUGGGAAUUUUCUGGACAAUGUUUAGGGCUUCGACUCUGUGGGGUAACCUGUUUGUCUACUACAUAUUCUACGGAAAGCAGUACAUUGACCAGUACACGAGAAGAACAGUUCUGUACUUCUUUAUGGGUAUAAACUUACUGGCAAUAGCAUCACUCAUGAUUCUUCCUAAGUCUUCCAGUGACUGUAAAACAGAGGGCUACAGUCCUUCAAAAACAGUGAAGACGUGUUGGGCCAUCCUUAAGUCACGCAAGAUGCUUUGGCUGAUGUUUUCAUUCAGCUAUGCAGGGUUGCAGCAGGCAUUCGGAGAUGGGGUUUAUAGCAUUACCAUUGGAUACACUAUGGCACUGGGGAAUUCCGCAAAGGAAUUGGUGGCAGUUAGCGGAAUUAUAAUGAGCAUUGGUGGUCUUAUUGGUGGAGUGUGUAUCAUCGUGUUCGCUACAAGGAUCAGGAGACACAGGUAUGCCCGGAGAUCAAUAUUUAUGAUCGGCUGCACAAGCCAGGUGUUGGCUUAUCUUAUCACAUUCAUCAACCUACCAGACACUGCGGUGUUUGGCAACACUGACCAACUGAGUCUUAUAAAUCCGAGUGCAACGUUGGCCUUGACAGGAAGUCUUCUUCUGACCUUUGGCGAUUCUUGUUUAAACACUCAAAUCUACUCCAUUAUUGCCGAACUAUUUCGAGAGAGCAGCGCUGAGGCAUGUGCCUUUUAUAGUUUUUUCAAGGCUGUUUGCAUUGCUACCAGUUUCUACUGGUGUAACCACAUCGGACUGCAAGUUCAGUUGGUAAUCCUGACAGUGAUGGCUCUCAUUGGUGCUUUUUGUUUCCUUGUUGCCGACAACGAUAUCGCUACGUCUAUCUGUGAAAGCAAGACUGCCACGCAAGACACCGAAGCGAGUCAAAGAUAAACGGUUUUAAUAUUAUCUUUAAAGUGUGAUUUUCGAGGUAACAAUAUUUCAAACUGUACAAACUUGUAUUUUAUAACAUUUUAUAUACUUAUUUUGUAUCAAAAUAAUACUAAAAGUAAAUUUA